AUGCCCACCAAAACCCCCACUCCAUCCGACUUCCCGUCCCAACUCACCGUCACCAUAACACCCGCACCAUCCCCCUCCCCCUCCAAAUCCGCAUCCCCAGCCCCAAACAUCCUCCUCCUACUCCAUGGUUUGGGCGACACAGCCGCCGCAUUCACAAAAUUCGCCCAAGCCCUCCGCCUCCCCGAGACAACCAUCAUCACAAUCCAGGGAACCGCCCCGCUCCCCUUCGACCUCGGCGGCUUCCACUGGGGCGACGAUGUCUCCUUCGACUCCGCGACCGGCGCGCUAGACAUGGACGCCGGCCUGACGCGCAGCACCAAGACCCUCGUCGAGAUUGUGCGCGGCACGCUAGUGCAGAAAUGCGGGUACGCGCUACGGGAGAUAAUGGUUCUGGGCUUUGGGCAGGGCGGAAUGGCUGCGCUAGCUGUUGCGCGAGAAUUGGGGCUGAAAAACGACGGGGCGGAGGUCGGCGCUCUCUCGGGCGUUAUUUCUAUCGGGGCGCCGUACGCGUUGUCAGGAUCGAGGGCGGGGGAUAAGAAUCGGUCGCCGGUGUUGCUGGUUUCCGGGCGGGAUUCGGUGGCGGUCUCGGAUGAGGCGGUGCGUAGGACGAAGCAGGUUUUCGAGUUCGUGGAGGUUAGUCGGUAUGCUAGGAGGGGGGAUGGGAUGCCGGCUAGUCGGGAUGAGAUGUUGCCUGUUAUGCAGUUCUUUGCGCGCAGGUUGAGGAGUAGGCAGGGUGUGCCUGAGGGGAGUAUUGAGAUUAGUUGA